UAUCGACCAAUCAUCCGGAUGCGUCAUUUUGAACUGGAAGCGCGAGAGGUUUAGGUUUUCAUAAGAAAAAAAAAAGUUGUUUCAAUCUGCGUGAAAUUAUGAGCACGAAGCAUUCAAAGCCGGUACUUCUGAAGACCUACGGUAAACAGAGGCGGAAGAUACCCGCCUGGAUUUUACCGGAGGACCGUAGAACGGCCUUCGACAGCACCCCAUCAUGUGACGAGGAUGUGUCCGUGUUCCAACCCGCAAAACCCUCCAAGAAGACCCGAGAGGAGCACACAGAGGCAGGCAGAGGCAGAAAAGUGCGUUCUGCCAAGAGAAAAGCCAAACUACGUCUGGCUGAGAAGAGUGACAGUGAAGAGAACAUUUCCCCUCUCAAGCCUCAGCCUUUUGUUCAGAAUCAGAACACCAGGAAAAGCCGUCUUGCGUCUGCACCUGUUCUCAGGAGUCAGAGAGGUCAGGUCCUCUCUGUCAGCAGUGAAAGUGAAAAGGAAUCAUCUGCGCCUAAAGGCCGGAAACCUUCUGCGAAAAUGAACAACUCCAAUGGUCGCUAUGCAUCUGCUGGUCGUUUCGUAACCCGUCGAAGAUGUGCAGCUUCCACCAAACCCCCUAAAGCAAGAUUAAUUACGCUUGACUCUUCAGAUGACUUUACCUCUGGAAUGUUUGGUCCCAGCGGGAUUCACCGACCAUCCAGGAGGAGGAGGCACCGGCCAGCGGUUAAGCUAUCAAGUACAGAUAGCUCAGUGAACACUGUGAGAGCUUCCAGCUUUACAAACAUUCCCUUUCGAGAAAUAUCCCUCAAUGAGUCGGGCGACCACGUCUUGGGACCCUGCUCCAGGCAGCCCAUCUUCUGCUCCACGCCCUCAGCAGCCUCUUUUGCCAAACAGGGACGCUCUAAAACGUUUGCUCCUCGACGUCAGGCCAACUCUCCAUCUGUGUCGGACAGCUGUAUCUGUAUCUCAAACACUUUUCAAGAAGACCUGAUUUCACCCCGGCAGCCCUUCUCACCGCCACAGUCUACAUCGCCAUCUGUAUGUUUAGAUGAGAGGCUGCAGCUCAUAAAAGUGCAACCUCCUAAUUUAAAUACUGAGUCUAAAGGAGGUAGCUGCAGUGGAGGAGACAAAAACCCGAGUGGAGACUCGAAGGCCAACUGUGAUGUUGGAUUACUCAGUGGAGAUGUUUUCUCUGCAGACAGUGAAAUGACUGACAGCAAUCACUUUGUGUCUGCAGCAGGAGGGCUAGAGUGGCUAACUGAGGCUCUGAAGAGAAAAUGUCUGAGCCAGCGCUGCAAAGUUCAGCUGGAGAGAUUAUCCUUCCUCCCUGUGACUCAGCUUUGUAGUCAGACAACCUACUCAUCCUGUUUGGAGCAGUCUAGCUCAGCCAAAAGCCAGCGAAUUGAAGAACUGCUUCAGUUUGUGGACGGCAGUCAAAAUGUUGCUUUUCCUCAGUCAUUAGCAGAAACAUGUURUUCUGUGACAAAUAAUGAAAACGGUGAUUACUUAAAAUCAGCAAGUACUUAUGACCAGUCGGCUUCAGUGAAUGGUUCACCAUCAGAUGACUGUAAGAAGUCAGCUGAAUGCUCAAACAUUAAAACAGGCAUGGAGCAGUCAAAAACAGUGAAAAGAGACCACAGUGAUGAGAUUAGCAUGGACACAAAGUUAGCAUCUAGUACUACAGUCCAAACACAGUUUACUGACGAGGAUGCUAAAGCUUCAAACAAUAAACAUGUUUCUAAGAAAUGCUCUGUUGUGUUGCAGAAGAAGCAACCACAAAAUCUGCAUCUUAAAGGUUUUGCUCAGCAAAAAGAGGCUGGUGAUUCUUUUGAGAAACCUUUAAAUCAAGAUACCAAGCAGCCUGAAAGGGAGGGAUGUGUAGUGUCUCUCAGAAAGUCAAAGAAAACAUCAGCAGCAAAGAAAAAGUGUGCUGAUUCAGAAAAGCCUUCAGUGCUGACUUCACAGCUGGAGGAGGAACGUCCACCCCUAAAACAGUUAAAAAAAACUCUGCAGCCUAAAGAUGUUCCCCAUAAAUCAUCAACAGAUGAGUUUAAAUCAGCCAGCGAUGAGCAAACYAAGACUGUCCAAGAGUCUGAGUGUGAUGACAAAGACAACACUGCCUCCUUAGAAAUUACUACAAAGUAUAAACGCUCUACCCGCUUAAAAACGGCCUCCAGCCAAAAUGUUGAGAAAUCCCACGAGCAUGUCUCCAAAAAGGACAGAUCGUUUUUGGUUCCUAAAGAGAAGAGGAGGAGGAGUAUCUCCAAACACCAAACUGGGACUGCGAGAAAGGCGUGCGUGAGRGGAAUGAGCGUGAAUCGGUGGAAGAACAAAGGCGGGACGCUGAGGGGCAGGGCGGCAAAAACGGGCAGCGCCGAGGCGGGAGAAUGCAGCAUCAGUGAGCUGACCUCAACAUGGCACGUUCAGCCAACGGAGUUGGGAACUACAGCAAAUUUCUCCACCCCAAUAAAAGCAAAUCAGCUCAGCGGUUUGUCUCUGUUCGCUGACUUUUCGCCCAGCACACACACCUGGAGCCGACUCAAAGCUUCCCUCUCUGUUCAUCGUAAAGUACAACUCACUCCGUCGACUUCGUCAAAGUAUUGCUCUACAACAAAGUGRGAGUUAGCGGACAUCAGCCGGGAUCUCUUUGCCACCCCAUUGCGUGCGAUGCUCCCUAGAUGCCUCCGGUCACAGCUGCUGCAGCAYCAAUCUUUGCCUUUAUGUGACGAUGCCGAUCUGUCGGAUGCAGAGAAGGUGUAUGCCGAGUGCGGCCAGCAGCACCCUCUGCCCUGGGAAGAGUGUGUUCAACCUCACCGUAUGAAACGGUGUGUGAAGAUUGGGGAAGGGACGUUUGGUGAGGUCUUCUCAACCACCAGUUCUUCAGGAGACACUGUGGCACUCAAAAUCAUUCCAGUAGAGGGCAGAGAGAAGGUAAACGGAGAGGACCAGAAGACCUUUGGAGAGAUCCUCCAUGAAAUCAUUAUCUCAAAGGAGCUGAGCAGUCUUAAAGAGAAGCAGCAGAACCAAACUCACGGUUUUAUUGGACUCAUCGAUCUUCACUGUGUUCAAGGCAGCUACCCGGCAGAUUUUCUGAAAGCUUGGGAUGCGUUUGACAAACGCAAAGGCUCUGAGAAUGAUAGACCAGAUUUUUUUGAAAAUGCUCAGCUYUUCAUCAUCCUGGAGUUUGAGUUUGGAGGCGCUGACUUAGAGAACAGCAACGGAAAGUUGGCAUCAUUAGGCAUAGCGAAGAGCAUCCUUCAUCAAGUCACUGCUGCGCUGGCUGUUGCUGAGCAGACGCUGCACUUCGAACACAGGGACCUCCACUGGGGUAAUGUCCUGGUUAAAACAACCAAUGAGAAGACAGGAAGCUUUCUUCUCAAUGGAACGGCUCACAGUGUGGAAACCAAAGGCAUGCUGGUUCGCAUCAUCGACUAUUCUCUCUCCAGGGUAGAAAUCGAUGGUCUGACUGUGUCCUGUGAUAUCUCAAAUGACGAGGAGCUSUUCCAGGGUCAGGGAGACUACCAGUUUGAAAUCUACAGACUGAUGAGACAGGAGAAUGGAAARGACUGGAUCACUUACAACCCCCAUACUAACGUGCUCUGGCUGCACUACCUGUGUUCCAAACUGCUCUCCAUGAAGUACCGGAGCCACAAGGGAAAGGCUGCCAAGACCGUGCGCGAGGAGCUGACUUGUUUCUAUAACAACGUCCUCCAGUACAGAUCUGCCACAGAGGCGCUGCAGAACUGCACUUUGUUUCAGUAACAAUGAACACUUAUGUUAGAAGCCUCCCACAGACUGUUUUAAGUCAAGAAGAGCCUUUUAUGUUGAUAUUUCCUUGUUUAGUGCAGACAGUGUACAGUCAUGUAACAGGCCAGAUCAAAAUAAAUAAAUUGUAACUUUUAGCUUUUUACACUUUUUAUACUGUGGCUAUUUUAUUGUGCAUGAUUUUUUAACUGGCUUUUAUUUUUGAAAUAUUAAAAAUUUUCUUAUGAUCAAAACUUGACCAAGAAAAACAAAUACUGGCGGAGGGCGAGUUUAACUAAAAAAUCCUAAUAAAAGUGACUUGAGACCUACUA